CAGAGUAGCCGAGGCGGCGGCCAAGCCUGGUCCAUCGUCCGGAGGCCGCGGCGGGGGAGCAUGAAGCAGGCGCGUCGCGGGGAGUUCUUCCAGCGGAUCCGCUCGCCGGCGUCUCCGUCCUCGUCACCGGCGCCUCCGGCCUCCAGAUCGCAAGGUCGCCUCCUUCCACAUCCCCCUCCCCCCAUUCAGCUGCAGUAUUCUUGUGGUCGUCCGAGGGAGAUGGACGGGAUUGGGUUCCCCGUCCCCAAUUUAUGUUGGGAUUUCUUUUUGGACCGGAUUUCUUUCUUUCACAUCAAUCUUGAAUUUGGGCCCUAGAUGGGACGGCGGGAUCUCUUAGCAACGGAAUUCACCACUUAUUCUGUAGGAAUUCUUAGAAUAUUUUCAUUCCCAACAAUUCAUGGUCCUUGGACAGCAUAGGACCUGGACAGCAUAGGCCAACUAGCCAUGGAAAAACUGCACGUAGCUUCACACCUUUGUCAAUUGAUGCUCCACCCUCCACUCCAGCAGCGACUUCUGUUAGAUUCCAAGCCCCAAAGUCAUGAUUGGACGACCCUCAAGGCCACUAGUUGUGGAAAAAACUGCGCUCAGCACCACUCUCGAGCGCCUUCCAUGAAAUUCCAAGCCCCAAAGUCCUCAUUGGUCUGCUAUCGCAAGAAGAACAUAUACCAACCCGGGAGAAAAGAAGACCACACAUGUUCAUGCCAAAAUAUCCAAUGGCCACACUUCACUUCUCCUGCAUCCAAAUAGCCAUAGCCUUACUCUUGUUCACUCAAGCCAAGAGCACCACAGAGGGCAGCGCAUCUGCCCUGCAUCCAAGCGAUGCGAUCCCCAGCUGUGUUGCCGGUGAGAAGUCUGCCCUUCUUGCCUUCAGGGCAGGCCUAUCAGAUCCUGGCAACGUCCUUUCAUCAUGGAAGGGCAAUGACUGCUGCCGAUGGAAGGGCGUCUACUGCAGCAACAGAACCGGCCAUGUUGUCAGGCUCGAUCUCCAUGGAAACGAGCAUGCACUAGCAGGCAACAUAAGCUCCUCGUUGCUUGGUUUAAAACAUCUAUGGUAUCUCGACCUCGGCUGCAACAGAUUCGACAAGGUACAGAUUCCGGAGUUCAUGGGUUCUCUCCAUAAGUUGAGAUAUCUCGACCUAUCAGCCUCACAGUUCAUUGGAAGGAUACCGCCGCAGCUGGGUAAUCUCUCCAAUUUACGGUACUUAAGUCUUGGGAGUGAUGACACAUACUCCACUGAUAUCACCUGGUUGUCACGGUUGACUUCCCUUGAGCACCUAGAUAUGUAUAGGGUGAACCUCAGCACAAUUGUUCACUGGCUUCCAUCUGUGAACAUGCUUCCAACUCUGAAAGUUCUUCGUGUUACUUGUUGCCUGCUUAAAAGUAGCCCUGAUUCUCUUCUGCUCUCAAAUCUGACAUCUCUUGAAACACUCGACCUUUCAAAAAACCACUUCCAUAAGCAUAGCAGGCCCAACUGGUUCUGGGAUUUAACUAGCCUCAAGUAUCUAGAUAUCUCGAGCAAUGGUUUCUAUGGCCCGUUUCCAGAUGGGAUAGGUAAUAUGACCUCCAUUCUGGAGCUUGAUUUAUCAGAUAACAACCUUGUGGGCAUGAUACCAUCCAAUUUGAAGAACCUAUGUAAGUUGGAGAGAUUGGUAUCUUUCGGGAACAAUAUGAACGGGAGUAUAGCAGAGUUAUUCCAUCGAUUACCCAGCUGUUCACAGAAUAAACUACAAGAGUUGUUACUACCAAACAACAAUCUGACUGGAGGCCUGCCGACUACACUAGUAGAGCCCUUGAGAAACCUGAGCUGGCUGGAUCUCAGUGAGAACAAACUCACUGGUCAUGUCCGGGUGUGGAUAGGAGAGCUCCCACAGCUGACGACGUUGGUGCUUUACUCUAAUAACCUGGACGGGGUCAUGCAUGAAGGUCAUUUGUCACGUCUAGGUAUGUUGGAGGAAUUGAGAUUAUCAGACAACUCCAUAGCCAUGUUGGAGGAAUUGAGAUUAUCAGACAACUCCAUAGCCAUCACAGUGAGCCCAACUUGGGUUCCUCCUUUCAGUCUAGGAACAAUUGGACUUCGGUCCUGUCAGCUAGGGCCAAAAUUUCCAAUGUGGCUUAGAUGGCAAACACACGUAGCGAGUCUUGAUAUAUCAAACACAAGCAUAAACGAUAUAAUACCGGAUUGGUUUUGGACAGUAGCUUCCUCAGUAGCGUUUCUGAAUAUCCGAAAUAAUCAGAUUACAGGAGUCCUCCCGUCGACAAUGGAGUUUAUGAGAGCAACAAGUAUGGAUUUCAGUUCUAACCAGCUUGGUGGUCCAAUACCUAAGCUUCCCAUCACUCAAACCGACCUGGAUCUUAGUCGGAACAAUCUAGUUGGGCCACUACCAUUAGACUUUGGAGCGCCAGGGAUUGAAACACUUUUUCUAUAUGACAACAUGAUCGCUGGCGCCAUUCCAUCUUCUUUGUGCAAGUUGCGAUCAUUGCGGUCAUUAGAUCUAUCAAGAAAUAACCUCAAUGGAUCAAUUACUGAUUGCCCAGUCAAUGAGUCCAGCACAAACAUGACAGAUCUGAGCAUUGUUAAUCUAAGCUUCAGAAACAACAACCUCUCUGGUGAAUUUCCUUCACUUCUCCAGAAAUGUCCACAACUCAUCUUUCUUGAUCUCGGACAUAAUCAAUUCUCUGGGGCUUUACCAGCAUGGAUUGGGGAGAAGCUAUCAUCUUUGUCAUUCUUACGACUGAGAUCCAUUAUGUUUUAUGGUCACAUUCCAGACGAGCUUACGGAGCUUGUUAAUCUUCAAUACUUGGACCUUGGCUACAACAAUAUUUCAGGGAGCAUACCGAGAUCUAUUAUUAAUUGUAGAGGCAUGACACAAACAAGAGACAAUGAUGAUCUUCAGGAUGCAUUCACUUCUGGAGUAUAUUCUGCUGGCAGUGACCUAGUUGACUAUACUGAGAAUUUAACAGUACUCACGAAAGGUCAAGAGAGAUUAUAUACAGAAGAAAUCAUAUAUAUGGUGAAUCUUGAUUUAUCCUGUAAUAGUCUUAUGGGAGAGAUCCCUGAAGAAAUUAGCGCUCUUGUAGCAUUGAAGAGCCUGAACUUAUCAUGGAACAACUUCAAUGGAAAAAUCCCUGAGAAUAUUGGCGCCUUAAUGCAGGUGGAGUCACUUGACCUAUCACACAAUGAUUUGUCCGAUGAAAUCCCUUCAAGCUUAUCGACUCUCACAUCAUUGAGUCGCCUGAACCUGUCCUACAACAACCUGAGGGGGAGAAUACCGACUGGAAAUCAACUGCAAACACUCGAAGACCCAACAUCUAUUUAUAUUGGCAACCCCGGCCUCUGCGGUCCACCUCUCUCUGUAAAUUGUUCGUCACAGCAUGAGCCAAUUCCAGGAGAAAACCAUGGAGAUGCAAGCGACGACUUGGUUUCAUUUUUCCUCGCCAUGGGAUCUGGAUAUGUGAUGGGUCUCUGGGUGGUCUUCUGUACCUUCUUGUUCAAGAGGAGAUGGAGAGUUUCAUGGUACUUGCUCUGUGACAGCCUGUAUGAUUGGGUUUAUGUGCAAGUGGCUGUUACCUGGACUUCCGUGAGAGCUAAAAUUAAUGGGUAGAAGGUGAGAUGAGAUGACUCACUGGUUCUUGGUUUGCUCUCAUGUAAUUCAGUAUAUGCUUUUGAGAUUUAUCAUGAAUGUAUAAAUCAAUGUUCAGGUUUAUUGUACUACAACUAUUCAGGAUAUGUAUAUUCGAGCGAGGUACAUGCCAUGGACUGAGAUUGGUAUGCUGUUUUUCGUAUUGUACUAGAACCAGCACUGGUGGUCCUUGGUUUGCUCUAGAUAUGUAAUAUGAUAUAAUCUGGAGAUUUAUCAUGAAUGUGUCAAUUGAUAUUCCAGUGAUAUUGUACUGGAACAAGUCACGCACAUGUAUGCAUUCUAGGUGCACUGUAUUGGAACUAGUCAUG